CUUUCACCAUUUUCCCCCUCCGAUCAUGGCUAAAUUCCAACGUGCUUUGCUUAUUGGCGCUCCGAUUGCUGUCUUCGUUGCUCUGCUACUCUUCCCUCUCUUCCACCGCACUCACAAGCCUUGCAACUGCUCUCAGGAGAGUAAUGAGUAUUGUGGGGUUGUGGAGGAUUGCUGUUGUGAUUUCCAGACUGUGAAUCAGCUCAAUGAGGAAGUGGUGUUUCCUCUUCUUCAGGAUGUUGUCAAAACUCCCUUUUUCAGAUACUUUAAGGUGAAGUUAUGGUGCAAUUGCCCAUUCUGGCCAGAUGAUGGCAUGUGUCAUUUGCGGGACUGUAGUGUAUGUGAAUGUCCUGAAAAUGAGUUUCCUGAACCAUUUAAGAAGCCUUUCAAUCGCGGUGAUUUGUCAAAUAAUCUUGUCUGUCAAGAGGAAAAGCCCGAGGCGGCUGUAGACCGUAGUAUAGACACGAAAGCGUUCAAAGGCUGGAUAGUAGAGGAUAAUCCGUGGACGUUUGAUGAUGAGACAGAUAAUGCUGAAUUAACAUAUGUAAAUCUUCAGCUGAACCCUGAACGGUAUACUGGCUACAAGGGUCCAUCUGCUUGGAAAAUUUGGGAUGCUGUCUAUACGGAGAAUUGCCCCAAAUAUCCAUCUACGGAACUUUGUCCAGAAAAAAGAAUAUUGUACAAAUUAAUUUCUGGUCUCCACUCUUCCAUUUCCAUUCACAUUGCUGCUGAAUACUUGCUUGAUGAAGCAACCAAUACAUGGGGACAAAAUCUUACGGUGAUGUAUGACCGUGUCAUGAAAUACCCAGAUCGUGUCAAAAACUUGUACUUCACUUAUCUUUUUGUUCUACGUGCGGUGACAAAGGCAGCAGAUUACUUGGACCAAGCUGUAUAUGAUACUGGAAACCCUGAGGAGGACCUGAAAGCGCAAUCUUUGAUGAGGCAAUUGCUUUAUAAUCCUAAAUUGCGAGCUGCCUGUCCAGUACCUUUCAAUGAAGCUAAGUUAUGGAAAGGUCAAGGUGGACCUGACUUGAUGCAGCAGAUACAAAAGCAGUUCAGAAACAUCAGUGCGAUAAUGGAUUGCGUGGGAUGUGAGAAGUGUCGACUUUGGGGAAAGCUUCAAGUUCUUGGUCUUGGUACUGCAUUGAAGAUAUUGUUUUCUGUGAAUGGUCAGGAGAAGCUUGGUCAAUCACUACAUUUACAACGAAAUGAAGUCAUCGCUUUGAUCAAUCUACUGAACCGGCUUUCAGAAUCUGUGAAGCUCGUCCACCAGAUGGGGCCUUCGCUUGUAAAGAUGGCGGGGGGACAAGUUCCUUCAGUCAGUAAGCUAACUGCAACUCUAUAGAGAUGGUUUAUGUAGUUUAUAAGGAGCUUCUUAUAGGUACACUGAUGUGUUUAAAGAAGAAUCAUAGAUUGUUGAAGAAUUUAUCUAGAAAAAAAAUUGUAGAAUUUGACAAUUGUUGGAAGAAAAGGUCUGUACAAAUAACAGAUGCAUAUUUCCACAAGAAAAACUACUUGUUUGAAGCUAAUGAAAAGUAUACUU